AAAAAAAGCAGUUGGAAUCUUGUGUCGGAUUGACUUGCCAUUGACGAAAAAGUUCUCAUACACCUCCCUAAACAAAGCACAAGCUGUUCACUAUCAACAAUCCUCAUCUCAAUCAUCUUUGCUAUCUGUUGAAAACAGCACUAUUGGAUGGGUAAAACAAUUGAUCUUUAUGGAUUCCCUAAUUUAGUGUCGGCAGAUGUAGUUCUAACAUUUCUAGAGAGAUAUACUGGUGUAGGGAGUAUUGAGGCUUUGGAGGUUAAACAAAAAAAUGCAGAUGAAAGAGCGUAUGCUAGAGUCCAAUUUAGAACAGAUGAUCAUGUGGAAUACAUAUUACCCAUGGUUAACAAUAGGAAAUUAUUAUGGUACGAUAAAUCUUAUUUUAUGGCUCGGAAAAUGGAUUUUGAUCUUGUUAAGAAGCCUAGGCAAUAUGCAUGCGAAAUGGAGUGUACAACUCUUCAUUUUGGUUGCCAGGUGUCAACGGAGAGUUUGUCGGUUCUGUGUAAAAUGAAAAAUGCAUCAGUGAAAUUUGGGUCUGAACUAAGAAAGUUAUACUUUGGUGUUCCAUGGUCCACAACAAGUUACAAGCUGCAACUCGCCUAUGAGAAUAUUUGGCAAGUUCAGCUACACUGCCCUCGUGGCGUUGCAGCAAGGUUUCUUGUUAUUCAGCUAUACGGUGCUCCUCGAAUUUAUCAGAAAGUUGAAGACAACCCUUAUAAUUAUUAUAGGGAGCAUUCUGAUGAUCAGUGGGUUAGGGCAACAGACUUCACUCCAUCUUUUGCCAUUGGACAAUCAUCCCAUCUAUGUAUAGAAAUUCCACAUAAUGUUGAACUACCAGAUCUUAGUUCUUUUCCAAAUUACAAAGAAAGUAACCAUCCAUUUAACUUGGUGACUGGUUAUAGUUUUUCUAAAAAUAUGGAUCUAGUCCCGAUGGUGGGUCCCACCCAAGGUUAUAAUCUGCCGUUUAAUAUAGUGUUUAAGAUUUGUGCCUUGGUUCAACAUGGUUGCAUUCCGGGACCUGUCCUUGAUGACGAUUUCUUUGCGUUGUUGGAUCCGCAAAAACAUGCAAUUGAAUCAAUUGAAUAUGUUAUGAAGAAGCUUUAUUUGUUAAAAGAUUGUUGUUAUGAUCCGGUAAGGUUUAUAACUCAAGAAUAUCAAAACAACAAAAAGUUAAGGUCCCCUGCUAUUUCUUUGGACCCUGGUCUUGUAUACGUGAGGAGAGUUCAAAUUACACCAUCAAAAGUGUACUUCUGGGGGCCAGAGGUCAAUGUGUCCAAUCGGGUUCUACGUCACUAUGCAGAUUAUAUUGAUAAUUUUCUUCGUGUUUCGUUUGUUGAUGAAGAAUUAGAGAAUGUUUAUGCAACAGAAUUAUCCUCAAAAGUAUGUGUAAAUGGGGAAAAAAGAACUGGAAUUUAUAGGAGAAUUUUGUCAAUUCUUAAGAAUGGGAUAGUAAUUGGCGAUAAGAAAUUUGAAUUUCUUGCGUCCUCGUCAAGCCAGUUACGUGAUAAUUCUGCAUGGAUGUUUGCAUCAACGGGAAGCCUAAACGCUGCUGAAAUAAGAAAUUGGAUGGGUGAUUUUAGUAGCAUUAGAAAUGUUGCAAAAUAUGCAGCUAGACUCGGUCAAUCUUUUGGUUCUUCAAAAGAAAGUUUUUGUGUUGCACGGUAUGAAGUGGAAGAAAUUCCUGAUAUUGAAGUUGUAAGAAAUGGUACUAAAUAUGUAUUUUCAGAUGGAAUUGGGAAAAUAUCUUCUGAACUUGCUGAAAGAGUUUCAAGAAAAUGUGGCUAUAAUUUUGUUCCCUCUGCUUUUCAAAUUCGAUACGCUGGGUACAAAGGUGUCGUAGCUGUGGACCCCACCUCAUUCGUGAAACUAUCACUGAGGAAAAGCAUGUGCAAAUUUGAAUCUGACAACACAAAGCUGGAUAUUCUUUUGAUUAGCAAAUAUCAGGCGUGCUAUUUGAACCGCCAGAUCAUCACUCUUCUUUCUACCCUUGGUGUUUCUGACCACGUCUUUGAAAAGAAGCAACGAGACGCAGUAUGCUUACUAGAUGCCAUUUUAGCGGACCCAAUGAAGGCAGAAGAGGCGCUAGAUUUAAUGUCCCCCGGAGAAAACACAAACGUUAUAAAGGAAAUGCUUUCAUGUGGAUAUAAGCCGAAUGCUGAACCGUUUCUGUCAAUGAUGUUGCAAGUUUUUCGUGCCACAAAGCUGCUAGAGUUGAGAACUAAAACGAGGAUUUUUGUUCCUAAAGGAAGAGUAAUGAUUGGAUGUUUGGAUGAAACUCGAACACUGGAAUAUGGUCAAGUUUUUGUUCAAUAUUCGAGUGCAAGACGAACGCCAUUGGGUGAUGAGUAUAGUGGACUCGGCUCAUAUAAGGCCCGAAUUGUUAGCGGGGAUGUGGUUGUUGCCAAAAAUCCUUGUUUGCAUCCAGGCGAUGUACGGGUCUUGAGUGCUGUUGAUGUUCCAGCAUUGCACCAUAUGGUAGAUUGUGUUGUUUUUCCACAAAAAGGAAACAGGCCUCAUCCAAACGAAUGUUCCGGAAGCGAUUUAGAUGGAGAUGGUUACUUUGUUUGUUGGGACCCUGAUCUGAUUCCACCUCAGCAAAUCGAACCGAUGGAUUAUACGCCAGCGCCAACUGUGCAACUGGAUCAUGAUGUUACUAUUGAGGAAGUCGAGGAGUUUUUCACAAACUACAUUGUCAACAACAGUUUAGGAGUAAUUGCAAAUGCCCACACAGUCCUUGCAGACCGGGAACGCACAAAAGCAAUGGCCGAACCUUGUGUAGAGCUUGCAAAGCUCUACUCACUUGCUGUUGACUUUCCAAAAACCGGUGUUCCAGCUGACCUACCCCAUCAUCUCCGGCCCAAAGAGUAUCCAGAUUUCAUGGAAAAACCGGACAAAACAACCUAUGAGUCACAAAACGUGAUUGGGAAACUUUUUCGAGAAGUAAAACAAAUCGCCCCACAAAACAGCCCGGUCACCCCCUUCACAAAAUAUGUGGCCAGACAGACUUAUGACGCUGACAUGGAAGUGCCCGGCUUUGAGGAUUACACUGAUGAAGCAUUUGAUUUUAAAACUUACUAUGAUCUCAAACUGGGUAGUCAUAUGGAUUAUUACGGAAUUAAAACCGAAGCCGAGCUUUUAUCGGGUAGUAUCCUGAAAAUGUCAAGAUCUUUCGACCGCAGAGAUGAUGCUGAAGAGGUCGGUUUAGCUGUGAAAUCAUUAAGGAGGGAAGCUAGAAACUGGUUCAAAAGUGGCAGAGGAGAUAGGGAUACAAAAGAUGAUAAUGUUUAUGCAAAAGCAUCUGCAUGGUAUCAUGUCACAUACCAUCCACAGUACUGGGGUCGUUACGAUGUCGGUUAUGAUGAGGAUAUGCCACGCCAUUUUCUGAGUUUCCCAUGGUGCAUUCAUGACAAACUUAUCGAAAUCAAGAAACGUAAAGCGAGUAUCAGAUUGCAAGUUGAUGAUGAAUCGUUGUCGCAGCAGUUCGGCUCUGCAUUUAAUCUGGUAUGAGUAUGAUCCCCUUUUAUACUACUAUAUUACAACAAGGUACUUUUGGACACGGUCUAUGUUUGCUUUAUUGUAAAUAUUGUAAUACUAUGUAUGUAAGUCAGCUGUAAUUUUGGACUUGAUUUCAUCUAUGUGAUGUGAAGAUAGGGUUUGUUGUAAA